AUGGGUGGCCCAGAUCCUUUGGACUACGUCAACAUGUACGCCAAUCCUGGUACUCUUGACGGCACAAGUCCUAUACACUGGCACUACGUCACAAAUGGUUUUUCGGACCUAUACGGGGAUUCCCGAAUCCACAGCUUGAAAAUGCGUAUGGAGAUUACUCGUGAUUUGCUCUUAUCAGAAACCGAGGCUGAGGAGGAAGAACUCUAUUUUAAUGCGCAGUUCUAG